AAAUGCCUGUGUGACACAUCGGGAAGGAUCUGUGACAUGCUAGUUGCGAUCCGCUGUAAACAAUCAACUUCUAUAAUCCGUCACUCCCUUCCCUAAUGACUGUCAGUUUUAACACGUACGGAAAAACACCUAUGAAACGGCAGUGAAAUGACAGCUCUAUCGAUUCAAGCUAAAACCAAUCUGGCCGAGUUCAGCGAGAGGGAGAAGAAACACUUCCGUGAAGCCUUCGAACUCUUUGAUCACGAUGGCAGCGGUUUCAUCACCACUGACGAGAUUGGGGUCGUCAUGAGGAGACUGGGGCAGAAUCCCUCCCCGUCGGAAUUGGACGACUUGAUCAGGGAUGUCGAUGCCGAUAACAGUGGCCAUAUCGACUUCAACGAGUUUCUAGUCAUGAUGUCUCAGACAAAAGUGAAAGGUCAGCAGGCGGAAUUGCGCCAGGCCUUCAGGCUCUUUGAUGCAGACGAUGAUGGCUUCAUCACGUUUGAGGAUCUGAAAAGAGUUAUGCGAGUCACUGGAGAAAAUCUGGCAGAAAAGGAAUUGAAAGACAUGUUGACAAAGGCAGAUGUUAACAAAGAUAACCUUGUUGAUUUGAAAGAGUUUACCAGGAUUGUGAGCAAUGAGUAAAUGGAAGGGUGUCUAUACCAUAAAUCUGAAUAACCCACUGAAUAAUUUGCAGUUUUUGUCUCGCCAAACUGCCGCGUUCAAAUAUUGCAUACGUUUGAAUGCAUAUGUACCUUUUUUGCUGUAAUCGAUAAGGUUUUCCUGUUAAACAAGCCGUGAUUAGAUAAAAUAUUGUAAAGGCUUGACGUUAGUGAUGUUAAAAAUAAAACGUUGUUCUGUGUUUU